AUGGAGGGUACCAACAAUUUCUUCGAUCUGGAUUGGGCGUUCGAUAACAUUACCACAGAGGCAGAGAACUGGCCAAGUUUGGAAGAAAUUUUGGCGGCCAUCAAUGUGGAGCAGAAUGGUAAUGUGGAGCAGAACAAUAAUUUGGAGCAGAACACUAAUGUGCAGCAACUUAAUGCACCAGUUCAGUCAGCCCCACAACCCAAACCAAAGAGAUUCAGGACCAUUUUCACCCCUUACCAGCUCGCCGGCCUUGAGAGGGAGUUCCACAAGAGGAAGUACUUGGACCAAACCGGUCGUGCGUUCUUGGCCCGCCAACUGGGACUGUCGGAGCGCCAAAUAAAAGUAUGGUUCCAGAAUAAGCGAAUGAAGGAAAAACGUAACGGUAAUACCAGGCCUCCUCUUCAAAAUUUGAUGAACGUCAUGCCGGCGCAACAAAUGGUUCCUCCUCCAUGUCCUCAGCAACCUUCGACGGCCGAGUAUUAUUAUAAUGGGCAGAAUUACAGCGAUUGCAUGUACGACCAACCCCAAGCAAGUGUUCCACACAAUUAUGCAACUAAUAAUUUGAUGAUGCAGAAUGGUUGGUAUCCUUAUUCUAACUUAAAUUAUUAUUCAUGAAAAAGCAUACCAUAAUAUGCUCUUUUUAUGGAAAUCAUGGAAUAAAACGAAAAGCCCGAACGUAGUUAUAUUCAAGUAGAACAUAGAACAUGUAUAUUUUUGUGAGGAGAAGGAAUUCUUAUAUUGGAAUACCAGUGAAUCAUCUGUGAUUACCCUUUUUGUAAAUUUUUAUUUUUAUUGUUGAAAAAGCUAUGAUUUCUGCGAUAAUUUUCUAUACAUAAUUUCAAUGGUUGGAGCUUUUUGAAUUUGUAAUUUUUAGUGCAUAUUUAUAGUUGAACUGGAAGAAUAUGGGAGAUUCUUAGAGAGGUUUACAUUCAAUAUACUUGGUGUUAAUUUUAUGUCAUCACAUACAUGUGCAGUCAUAUAUGUUGAUGAUCUAUAAUUAUACCCAGUAUAAAUAUUUGAUACUAUUCAUCUAAUCUUCCACUAUUUUUUCAGCUCAAGCAUUGAUUUAUUCUUUUGCUUAUAAUCAUACCUAAUAAUAUCGAGUUGUAAACUAUCUGAAUAACUUUAAUGCAAUAUUGUUAUGAAUUUGAAAAAUCUGAUGUCUAAGAAAUUAUUGAAGGUCAACUUUAAAAAUGUUCUA